AGAAGAGCCAUCUUUCUCAUAGAGAGAGAGACAGGGUAACUUGGGUAAGGAGGGAAGGGAAGCCUCUGGGAAAAGAGGGUUGACCCUCUCUCUCUCUCUCUCUCUCUCUUCUUCAUAUUCAUCGUCUUCUUAAUCUUCCCAAGGUGUCUCCCCUCACACGCUAUAAUCAUCUUCUUCUUCUUCUUCAAACCCCUCUCCCCUUCUUUAAUAUCUCCUCUGACUCUCAAUUCCUCAUCCACUUCUGGUUCUGGGCAUUUCCCUCCAUGCCCAAUUACCGGUACCUUUUCUCUUCGCUAUAAAUCCUCACUCUUUUUUUUUUCUCAUAUUUUCUCCCUUUAUACAGAUUUUGAUUUAUUUUCCCGGAAACCCAACUCUUUUUGCUAAAGGAAAAAUUCAAUUCCAUUAUAUAAAGAUCAGAUUUUGAUUGGGUAUGCUUCAUAUUUAGCUCAAACUCCUUUAAAUUCCGAGACCCCCAUUUGACCAAAACAUCGAAGAAAAACCCAUAGAAGUCGAAGCCUGUAAUCCAUGGGUAACUGUUGCGCAACCCCACCGGUCGUCGACGACGAGCAGAAGAAGGAGAAGAAGACAAAGAAGCCAAACCCGUUUGCCGUCGACUACGACGCGUUCCAGUCCAAUGGCGGAAGCCACAGGCCAUCGGUCCUGAAGGACCCGACCGGCCGCGAGAUCGAGCUCCAGUACGAGUUGGGCCGAGAGCUGGGGCGCGGCGAGUUCGGCAUAACCUACCUCUGCACGGACAGGGCCACCGGCGAGAAAUUCGCGUGCAAAUCGAUAUCGAAGCAGAAGCUGAGGACGGCGGUGGACAUCGAGGACGUGAGGAGGGAGGUGGAGAUCAUGAAGCACCUGCCCAAGCACCCCAACAUCGUGAGCUUGAAGGACACCUAUGAGGACGACAAUGCGGUGCACAUCGUCAUGGAGCUCUGCGAGGGUGGCGAGCUCUUCGAUCGGAUCGUCGCCAGGGGCCAUUACACGGAGCGUGCGGCUGCCGCGGUUACCAAGACUAUCGUGGAAGUUGUUCAGAUGUGCCACAUGCAUGGUGUGAUGCAUCGGGAUCUCAAACCUGAGAACUUUUUGUUUGCUGACAUGAAGGAGACGGCACAUUUGAAGGCAAUUGAUUUUGGGCUUUCAGUAUUCUUUAAACCUGGUGAGAAAUUUACUGAGAUAGUUGGAAGUCCGUACUACAUGGCUCCUGAGGUACUAAAACGGAAGUAUGGUCAAGAAAUAGAUGUCUGGAGUGCUGGAGUAAUCCUUUACAUCCUCCUUUGUGGUGUUCCACCUUUUUGGGCAGAAACUGAACAAGGAGUUGCACAAGCAAUUAUACGGUCUGUUGUAGAUUUUAGGAGGGAUCCUUGGCCUAAAGUUUCUGAUAAUGCAAAAGACCUUGUGAAGAAGAUGCUUCAUCCUGACCCAAAGCAAAGGCUUACUGCUCAGGAAGUGCUAGAUCAUCCUUGGUUACUGAAUGCAAAGAAAGCUCCAAAUGUUUCUUUAGGUGAAACUGUGAGGGCAAGGCUCAAGCAAUUUUCUGUAAUGAAUAAGCUCAAGAAAAGAGCUCUAAGGGUAAUUGCUGAGCAUUUGUCAGUGGAAGAAGUUGCCAGCAUAAAGGAGGGGUUCAAGUUAAUGGAUAUUAACAAUAAAGGCAAGAUUGACAAGGAUGAGCUAAAAAUGGGGUUGCACAAGCUUGGCCAUCAGGUUCCUGAUUCAGAUGUUCAAAUUCUAAUGGAAGCGGGUGAUGUAGAUAAGGAUGGAUAUCUGGACUAUCAAGAAUUUGUAGCCAUUUCUGUUCACUUAAAAAAGAUGGGUGAUAAUGAUGAGCAUCUUCACAAAUCCUUUGAAUUCUUUGAUCGAAACCAGAGCGGUUAUAUAGAAAUUGAGGAGCUACGAGAUGCCUUAGCUGAUGACGUUGAGACAAGCAGUGAAGAAGUCAUUAAUUCCAUUAUGCAUGACGUGGAUACAGACAAGGAUGAAAGAAUAAGUUACGACGAGUUUGCCGCAAUGAUGAAGGCGGGCACAGAUUGGAGAAAAGCGUCGAGGCAGUAUUCCCGAGACCGGUUCAACAGUCUCAGUUUGAAAUUGAUGAAGGAUGGAUCAGUACCCUCAAUCAGUUAGGUAGAUGGGUCAACAAAUGACAAGUUGCUUUUGGAAAGAUGCAUACUAAGAGGAAAGAAAAAAUCUUCCUCCUUUUUGUUUUCAUAAUUCGUUUUUUUCAAUCUUUUUUAUUUUAUUUUUUUCACCCUUUUUGAUGGGGUAAGUAGGACAUGGACCCGGGUUGUCGAUGUCUAUGAAUUGGAAUGUGUUUCUUUUGUUUGUAUCGGGGUUACUGGGAAGACGAGUGGCUGAAGGUUGGGGAAGUUUUGUUAUUUGUGGCUGUAAAUAUGUUGAACUAGCAUAUUUCUUCCAAGUAUAGUCUGGCAUUUUGGGUGAAGUUUGUUGGUAGCCGUAGAUAAAGAUCUUUCCACAGAUUAAGAUAAGUCCUGUUGUAAUUCAAAUCUAUUUAUCUUAUUUUCUUGCUACAAACUAUAUAAAGAUGAAGAAUACUGGAAAUUAUCUA